CAAUAAUUACGAAACCAAUGAAGAAUGUAUCUGUUCUUAUCACCUUGCUUUCCAGAAUAAGACGCCACCAUACUAUGUGCAACAGAAAUCACUAACACGCAUACACAAUGCAACCCUCCAUGAGCUCGGAGAAGCUUAACCCAUAUCACUUAUCAUAAGAGGGAGAGCUUUUUAACACAUGUACUAAUCCCUCCAGCAAAAGAGGGGGAGAUUUUAAAGCCAGCAAAACUUAAAAUUAAUCCCAUAGGAGGAAGCCUUCUUUGAACUAAAGGAGAGGUCUGGGAACGGGGAUGUCGUUUUUUUCAGGACCACGUCCCCGUGCUCGAGUAACCUCUCCUCAAUAGAUGAACUGUUGGCGUAUGCACGAGGGAAGCGGAGGGCGGUAGGACCCCGCGGAGACGCCGAGGGGGGAGGCAGGAGGACAAUAAUUUGUUCCAUUGUAAUGAGAACUGUAAAUGUUGGCACGGGGCAGAUUUCACAGGCAGGCCUGCCUUCUUUCUCCAACGAUCUUUAGUGCCUCCCGCUAGCCAACUCGGACAGGCUGCUCAUUUAUUGCAACGGUCAACAGAUUUUUCUUGCCAAAAAAAAGCCAAACCCCAAACAACUUUUUUUUUUUUGAAAAAAAUAUAUAAAAGCAAAGCCCCGCUCAUCAGCAACCCAUGCAGGAGCAGGAGGGGUUUGGGAGUUAACUGCAUGCAGGAAAUCUCUCACAUCCUGAAUCCCAGCUCUCUCCUCUCUGUUACUGUAUAUGAUGGUGCUAGUCUCCAGCCCCAGCUGAUGAAAGUUUGUCUCUUGCAGGCUGGGCUAAGAUGUCAAAGCGUCUCCAUGCAGAGCACCGGCGCUUCCCUCUUCCUCACCCCCCAGCCCAGAUAUUUUCGCUGCUGCUGAGCCUGGGCUGGCUCUUUAUAGCAUCAGCCAGGGCGCAAGGAGAGAAUGCAGACAGUAAAUUGGAGUCCUCCAGGCAACAGAUGUUAAAGAACCAGUCAGAACAUUAUGAGAUAAUAGUUCCCUACAUUUUGAAUGGAGAACAAUGGAAACCAAUACAAAGUAUUGAUUCAGAGAGUCACCCAGCACUGCUGAAGUUUCUAAUACAAGCUGAAAGUAAGCAACUAGUCAUCAGUCUGGAGAGAAAUGAGGGCCUCUUAGCUGAUAGCUUCACAGAAACACACUAUUUGAAAGACGGCACUGAUGUCAUUCUCACACGCAAUUACACGGGUCACUGCUAUUAUCAUGGUACCGUGCUAGGGUAUCCUGACUCUGCAGUCAGUGUCAGUAUCUGCUCUGGACUCAGGGGACUUAUUUUAUUUGAAAAUAAAACCUACAUUCUGGAGCCAUUGGAAAAUGCUACGAGUGAACACAAGAUCUACCGAGCAGAGAACCUGAAAAUAACCUCCGGAUCUUGUGGCAACCAAUUCAAUGUCUCUGGCAUCACUGUUGAUGACACUCCACAGUCUUCUCAAGCAUUCACUAGCAGGCACAAGAGGGAGACUCUGAAGAUAACAAAAUAUGUGGAGCUUGUUAUUGUUGCAGAUAAUCGAGAGUUUCAGAGACAAGGCAAAGAUGUGGAAAAAGUUAAGCAGAGGCUGAUAGAAAUUGCAAACUAUGUCGAUAAGUUCUACAGGCCACUAAAUAUUCGAGUAGCCUUGGUUGGAGUGGAGGUGUGGAAUGACAUGGAUAAGUGCUCUAUAACACAAGACCCCUUCACCAGCCUCCAUGAGUUUCUGGAUUGGAGAAAACUGAAACUACUACCUCGUAAACCCCAUGACAAUGCACAACUAGUGAGUGGGGUAUACUUCCAAGGGACUACCAUUGGCAUGGCACCUAUAAUGAGCAUGUGCACUGCAGAACAAUCUGGGGGAGUUGUUAUGGAUCAUUCAGACAGCCCUCUUGGUGCAGCAGUAACCCUGGCUCAUGAACUGGGCCACAACUUUGGGAUGAAUCAUGAUACGCUGGAGAGGGGCUGUACCUGCAAAGCAUCUACUGAUAAAGGUGGCUGUAUCAUGAACCCCUCUACUGGCUAUCCAUUCCCCAUGGUAUUCAGCAGCUGUAGUAAAAAGGAUCUGGAAAAUAGCCUGGAAAAAGGAGUGGGGAUGUGUCUCUUUAACCUGCCCGAAGUUAAGGAAUCAUUUGGUGGACAGAAGUGUGGGAAUGGCUAUGUGGAAGAUGGAGAAGAGUGUGACUGUGGGGAACCUGAUGAAUGUACAAAUCGUUGCUGUAACGCUACUACCUGCACUUUGAAAUCAGAAGCAGUGUGUGCACAUGGACUUUGCUGUGAAGACUGUAAGUUGAAGCCAGCAGGGAUUUCUUGCAGAGACUCAAGUAACUCCUGUGAUCUGCCAGAGUUCUGCACUGGAGCCAGUCCUCACUGCCCAGCUAAUGUAUAUUUACAUGAUGGACAUCCAUGCUACAGAGUAGAUGGGUAUUGUUAUAAUGGCAUAUGUCAGACCCAUGAACAACAAUGUGUCACACUCUGGGGAAAAGGUGCUAAACCUGCUCCUGGGAUCUGCUUUGAGAGAGUCAAUUCUGCAGGUGAUCCUUAUGGCAACUGUGGCAAGGACUCCAAAAGUUCCUUUGCUAAAUGUGAACCCAGAGAUGCUAAAUGUGGAAAAAUUCAGUGUCAAGGGGGAGCAAAUCGACCUGUAAUUGGUACCAAUGCUGUUUCCAUAGAAACUAAUAUCCCGCUGCAGGAAGGAGGCAAGAUUCUAUGUCGUGGUACCCAUGUGUACUUGGGUGAUGAUAUGCCUGAUCCCGGUCUCGUUUUGGCAGGCACAAAAUGUGAAGAUGGAAAAAUCUGUCUCAAUCGCCAGUGCCAAAAUACUAGUAUAUUUGGUGUUCAUGAAUGUGCAACAAAAUGCCAUGGACAUGGAGUCUGUAACAAUAAAAAAAAUUGUCACUGCGAACCUGACUGGGCCCCUCCCCAUUGCGACAAGCCAGGUUUUGGUGGCAGCAUGGACAGUGGACCAACUAGACAAGCAGAUAAUAGAAGUUUAACCAUAGGAAUACUCGUAACCAUUCUGUGCCUUUUUGCUGCUGGUUUAAUCAUGUAUCUCAAAAGGAAGACUUUGAUUAGACUGCUAUUUACAAAUAAAAAGACAACAAUUGAGAAAUUAAGGUCUGUGAGUCCCGCAAGGCCUUCCAGUUCAUUUGAGCCUAAUCAUGUUCAUACCACAACUCUCAGUAAAAAUCUAGUCAUAAAGCCACAAAAUUUAAACAUACAUAAGAGAGAUGGUGCAAGAAGAUUGCUACCGUAUCAAACUAUUGACAUCAGUAACCCUGUAAAGACGCUUGAUUUACCGUGGUCAAAAACACCCCAGCGAGUCCUACCCCCCCUUCAUCAGUUGCCUUGUCAUCAAGCUGUACCUGUACGACCACUGCCAGCUAACCCAGCCCUUAGGCUUGCUCAGGAAACUCUCAAACCAAGCCCUCCUCAAAAGCCUUUACCAGCAAAUCCUCUGAACAAAACUGCUCGGUUUAACAAUGCCUCCAGCCAAACACUUGGACAUCAGAAACAUGUGCCUCACAUUACUCCUACCUGCACCUAAACAUCUGCAAGUGCCCAGAUCCAGUAACACUGCCUUUGUGAAAUGACGAAAAUCUGACAUCUUUCUGAAAAAAGUGAAGACAGAAGUUUGCACUAUCUUUAAACUCCAAGUGAAGUGGGUUUAAGAAACAAUACUUAGAAUUUUUAAUCUUUAAAACAUCAUUUUAAAGAACUGAGCUACUGCUUUUGGUGCUGUGCUGUGCUAUGGUGCUCUAUGUACUUGCUCAGGUACUUGUAAAUUAUUAAUUUAUGAUCAAUAUUUAUUACAGUGCAGCGCACUGUAGUAGAUAUUUUUACCAUAGCUGAGUUUUCCUAGGAAGGAAGCCCUUUUUAUAUUUUAGUGAACUUGAAACAUUCAGCUUUAUGUCUUGGAGUGUUUAGUUUUGAUCUAUUCUUUAUAGAGUACUGAUACUUUAUGGAUAAAUCAAUCAAUAAACUGUAGUGAUCUCAAUGGUUUUUCAGAAACCUUUGAAUGAUUACAUCAGGGUGAGCCAUGUUUUCUGGAAUACAGUGAAAUGCCCGAUAUCUGCACACAAAUGUAUAUACCAUGUCUGGUUAACCAAAAUAGCUGUUAUUGGUUGUACUGUAAUUUCAAGAGGCUUGAUAUCACUGUUUGAAAUUAUCAGGAAAUCUGUGCUUAAAGAGCAUAUUGGUUUUGGACAAGUACUGUAUAUCAUAAAACUGUAUUUUAGCUCACUGUUUUAUCAGACGCAGCUCAAUCAUUCUGUAUCAAAGAAGAUUCAGGUCUUCCAAUAUGAUUACAUUUUUGAUGCUUUGGUAAUUAUUCAUUCAAUAUCUUACAAGGUAAUGACAUCUUACUAUGCAGUAUAGCUAUACAGUCAAAUACAUUGAAAAUACUACGAUGCUAUAUUUACAAAGAAUAGUUUUAAAACAGAUUACAUGUAUUUCUGAUUCCUUACCUCUGCUUAUCAACUAUAUUUUACAUAUUUACUACUGUUUUGUAUCUAACUUGUACAAUUUUUUUUCUCUCUCUGAUGGAUUUUUCCCCUUGUUAAUCUGCAUAAUACUCAUACUUCUAUGAAUGAAGUGCUCAAAAGAUAUACUUUAAAAUUCAUUAGGAAGUGGAAAAUAUGCACAGGAACUUCAUAUUGGUUGAGCACCAUACUGUGUAAGAAGAAAAACUACUUUUGCACUUCAUCUGUGCAUCAAUCUUCAUCAAAAAGCAGAGGUUGAAAACCAAUAUUUUCUGAUUUCUGUGUUGUACUUCUUAUUUUUCAUUGGUGAAAUUGUUAUUGGAGUAUUUUAAGUUCUGCUUUAGUGGCCUCAAAUUACUAUGUAGUGGGUCAUCUCUUUCACAAUGAUAAACAAUCAAACUACUACUACUGACCAUUGUUCCACAUUUGGAAUAAACUACCUUAGGAAAAUGGCCAUAUGUUGACAAAAGCCCCCCAAGUGACAGCUCCUCCCUAGCUUUUACCACCACCCUAACCCAAUCCAAGUAGUCUUGUAAACACUUUCAGUGUGAGUGUAGAUGCAACAAACACUUUUCAGCAUUGCUACAGGAAACGUGUGCAUUAUGUGAGAUCUCUCUCUCUCUAACCGCACUAAAAUAAUUUCACUUACACUAUCAACCAAUUGUUCUUUUCAAUACAAGUCAAAUGGGAACUAAGUGGAAGCCAUUACUAACAUUAUUGUCAGCAAUAUGUUAGUUUUUUGUUUGUUCAUAAAUGUUGUUUCUUCAAGCAGAAAGAAAUGUACAAAGACCCCUGGAUACAGUGUUCCCUCUAAGAUUUUCCGUCCAUCAGCGGAGUGAGUUUUGUCUUAUGCACCAAUAUUGACAUCAUGUGCACUUGUUUGGAUGUAUGCCACUGUGGCAUCCACCAGUUAUUAACAAAAUUACAUAUACAGCCGCUCCCCAAGUUACGAACAAGUUACAGACCAACACUUGGCCCGUAACUCUAAGGCUACAUCUACAUUG